AUGAAGAAGUUGAAGAACUAUUAUAUGCAUUUGCGCCAUCACCACCACCACGCGGAGCGUAGGUGGGUAUUCCCACUCGCGGUGGGUUCUCUCCUCUCGCUAUUCCUCCUCUUCGUCGCCACGCUAACCUCACCGGAGGGCACACCAAUUCUCCCCUUCUACCGCUCAAUCACCACCGCGUCGUACUCUGUCUUCGUCGAGUCCAAGCUCCGCCCGCUCCCGGUCUCUGCGCUCCCACCGCCGCCGCGCUUGGCGUACCUGGUGUCGGGCUCCGCCGGCGACGGCGGCGCUGUGAGGCGCGUUUUGCUGGCGCUGUACCACCCCGGGAACCGGUACGUGGUGCACCUGGACCUGGAGGCCUCGGCGGAGGAGCGUGCGGAUCUGGCGAGGUUCGUGGAGGAGCACCCGCUGUUCCGGCGGUUCGGGAACGUUAGGGUGAUCAAGAAGGCAAACCUCGUGACCUACAGGGGGCCCACAAUGGUGGCCAACACGCUUCAUGCCGCCGCGAUUCUGCUGCGGGAGCUCGGCGAUUGGGACUGGUUCAUCAACCUCAGCGCCUCCGAUUACCCUCUUGUUACACAAGAUGAUCUGCUGCACACGUUUUCAUACUUGCCACGGGAUCUGAAUUUCAUUGAUCAUACGAGUGACAUUGGAUGGAAAGAUCAUCAGCGCGCGAGGCCAAUAAUCGUUGAUCCGGGUUUGUAUAUGAAUAAGAAGCAAGAUGUGUUUUGGGUUACACAGAAGAGGAGUAGGCCAACGGCUUUCAAGCUUUUUACAGGUUCGGCUUGGAUGGCACUGUCAAAAUCUUUCAUUGAUUACUGCAUAUGGGGAUGGGACAACCUACCUCGAACCGUACUCAUGUACUAUUCAAAUUUCAUAUCUUCCCCUGAAGGAUACUUCCACACAGUUAUCUGCAAUGCUCAAGAGUUCAGGAACACAACUGUGAACAGUGAUCUGCAUUUCAUUUCUUGGGACAAUCCUCCCAAGCAGCAUCCUCACUACCUUACCCUUGACGACAUGAAAGGAAUGGUUGACAGCAAUGCUCCAUUCGCAAGGAAGUUCCACAGAGAUGAUCCCGUGUUGGAUAAAAUUGAUGCUGAACUAUUAUCCAGAGGUCCCGGAAUGACUGUUCCCGGAGGUUGGUGCAUAGGAAAGAAGGAGAACGGCACCGAUCCCUGCUCUGAAAUCGGUGAUACUACAGUCCUGAGACCUGGCCAAGGUUCCAAGAGGCUUGAAACAUUAAUCAGCUCAUUGUUGUCGACUGAAAAGUUCCGGCCAAGACAAUGCGUGUGA